AUGAGAAAAUCAUUGAAGUUGAAGUGCCAAUCACCAGGAUCAGACAUUUUGCACCAAUGUGAUAUCAUGGAGGACGCUGCUAUUGGCUAUGGUUUCAACAAUUUGCAAAAGACUAAACCAAAGGGUGAUUCUUUGGUUGCUGCUCCUUUGCCAGUAAACAAGGUUGGUGAUAUUCUCAGAAUUGCUUCAGCCCAGGCAGGUUACUUGGAGGUUUUGCCAUUAACAUUGUGUUCUCACGAUGAGAACUUCAAGUUUUUGAGACAGACUGAUGAUAACAAGACAGCUGUGAAAUUGGAAAACCCCAAGACCAUCGAAUACCAAGUUGUCAGAACUACAUUGUUGCCAGGUAUUCUCAAGACUAUUAAAGAGAACAGAAAGCAUUCUUUGCCCAUUAAGGUGUUCGAAUGUGGUGAUAUUGUGUUGAAGAACGCUGAGCUCGAAAGAGGCGCUUUUAAUCAGAGAAACUGGUCCGCUAUUUAUGCGGGAAAGACUUCUGGUUUUGAAUUUGUUCAAGGUUUGUUGGGCAAGAUCAUGCAAACUAUGCGUACGCCAUGGAUAGAAAAACCUGCAGAAGAUAAGAGAAGAGGUUACUGGAUUGAGGAAGAUAAGGACAACACUACUUUCUUCCCAGGUAGAGGUGCUAAGGUUUUUUUCAGAGCUUCUGAAAAUGGUGAAGCUCAGCACAUCGGUGCCAUUGGUGUCUUGCACCCAGAAGUCUUGGGUCAUUUUGAAAUACCAUACGCUGCCUCCUCUGUUGAAAUCAAUGCAGAGGUGUUCUUGUAA